UAUAUCUCUCUCUGUUUGUGUGGAUUUUAUACAAUUUGAUGACAUAUGGUUAACCAGCAGAGUCUUGCAGUUCAUGUAACUACAGUUGGCUUAUAUCAUAGAGAAAAAGAGCUCAGCCAAAGUCAAGGCCAAAAUCAUCUUCAUAAUUUGCAGCCAUGGAUAUUGCAGUUGCAAAACGAAGGAGCAGUUUUUCUGGCAAAUUUUUUGCAGCUGCUGUCCUCAUUACCAUCUGCUUUGUCAUGUUCAAGCAGUCGCUUAAUUCUAGCAGCCACAACAUGUUUUCUUACCAUGAAGCCGGCGUGACGCAUGUCUUGGUUACAGGAGGUGCGGGCUACAUAGGUUCUCAUGCUGCACUUAGGCUUUUGAAGGAUUCAUAUCGUGUAACCAUUUUGGACAAUCUCUCCCGAGGAAAUAUAGGUGCUGUUAGGGUUCUUCAGAAGUUAUUUCCAGAACCCGGGAGACUUCAGUUUAUUUACGCAGACCUGGGAGAUGCCAAAGCUGUCAACAAAAUCUUUUCAGAGAAUGCAUUUGAUGCUGUCAUGCAUUUUGCAGCUGUUGCCUAUGUUGGUGAAAGCACACUUGAGCCUCUUAGAUAUUAUCACAACAUCACAUCAAACACCCUGUUGGUUUUGGAGGCAAUGGCAGCACACAAUGUGAAGACAUUGAUCUAUUCUAGUACUUGUGCCACAUAUGGAGAACCUGAGAAGAUGCCGAUCACCGAAGAAACUACGCAGGUCCCAAUCAAUCCAUAUGGAAAAGCCAAGAAGAUGGCAGAAGACAUCAUACUGGAUUUCUCCAAAAACUCAGACAUGGGGGUCAUGAUCUUACGAUACUUUAAUGUGAUAGGAUCAGACCCUGAGGGAAAACUAGGAGAGGCUCCUCGACCUGAGCUACGUGAGCAGGGCCGAAUAUCUGGUGCUUGUUUUGAUGCGGCUCGAGGGAUUAUUCCUGGACUGAAGGUCAGAGGAACAGACUAUGAGACAGCUGAUGGCACUUGUGUGAGGGACUACAUUGAUGUCACUGACCUGGUUGAUGCUCAUGUAAAAGCUCUUGCCCAUGCACAACCUGGAAAGGUUGGGAUCUACAAUGUCGGCACUGGAAAAGGUAGUUCAGUGAAGGAGUUUGUCGAGGCGUGUAAGAAGGCGACAGGGGUGGACAUAAAGGUUGAAUACCUCAGCCGAAGGCCAGGGGAUUAUGCUAAAGUUUAUAGUGACCCUUCCAAGGUAAGGAAGGAGUUAAAUUGGACAGCCCACUAUACACUUCAAGAGAGCUUACAGAUUGCAUGGAGAUGGCAAAAAUCCCAUCUGAACGGCUAUGGUCUUUCCAAUGCUAUGGGUUGAAAAGAUGCCAGAGAUCUUGUUGUGGAAGUCUGAUGUUGCUCGGUUGAGUUGAACAUGCAUUUCUUUUUACUUGGAACAGGUAGUAAAAUUCCAAUGGGCAUUUAGGAAAAUCUCUGGGUGUUCACUGAGAGAAAGUCCUGCCCUUUUGGUUCAUAGUCUGUGUGCGGUUUUAUUCCUGUACUGUAUUCAAGCCCAGAAAAGAAGAAAGAAAAAAAAAAGAGAGGGUCAGUUAGCUGAUUUAAACAGAGGAAACAUUGAUACUUCACUGUAUAAAAUAGUCAGUUUUGAAUGUUAUCUGCACAUAAGUAUAAAUGUUGAAUGCUAAUAUUUCC